GCAAAAACGUCAAACAAUCUUCAAUUUUUUUUCCUUCUGUGAAGCUCGUAUAGCUAUAAUAAAAAAAAAUUGCCAAUAUUUAAUGUGAAUUUUGCCGUAUUUAGUUUACAACACUACUUCAUUAACAUACUUCGAACCUUAAUUUCUACAUACAAAGUUUAGAAACACCUUAAAAAUGUGAUUAAAUUAUGGCCGAAUAUAAUUUGUCUACUAUAGGCCGUAAGCCAUUUUUCGUUAUCAACAUUUUUAAUAAGCAGUUAUAUUGUGCUGACUUUGUUUUUGAUUAAGUGUGACGUGUUAAAAGUGCAAUACUGAGUGUAGAUUUUCAUAUUAAAGCAACAAUAAUAAGCUUCAAAGAUGGAGGAGAGGCCUGUUGUCGAAGAUAUAACUGUAGAGAUAGAGCCAUUAGAAGAUAUUCUGGAACCAAUGGAACCGCACGAAACCCAAGAACCGACAGAAUCCAAAUCGCAAUCUAGCGAUGAAAAGAAAGUGGUGAGAUUCAUUAGCGUCAACAGCAACCAGUUGACUGACGAACAAAGAGAGAUGUACGAGUCUGUCUUGUCUACUUGGAAACCGAUCAUGUUCCCCAAAAGAACAAAGCGUUACAUAUGCAAUAAGUGCAAUAAAGAAUUCAAGAACUACCAAAAUCUGUAUUUGCACACCACAAGAGUGCAUUCGACGGAAGAAUCGGCUGUUUUGUGCGACAUUUGCGAUAAAACAUUCAAGAAUAAACACUACUUAUAUAUGCAUAGAAUGAAUAAGCAUUAUUCCGAAGCAGAGAAAUGUUAUUGCCAAUAUUGUUACCAGGAGUUUAGGACACGAAGAGCCUUACAUAUGCACAUUAAACGUAAGCACCCUAACACCCUUCCGGAACUGAAGUGUCCAGAAUGCGGCAAAAAAUUCUCCGUGCCGUACAAGUUGAGAUACCAUAUCGAGGCUUGCCAUAAGCCUGAUAAAGAAAAGUUCCAAUGUCCAAUCUGUGAAAAGCUUUACAAGAGCCACUUGAAUCUUAAUAGGCAUCUGCACUUCCAACACUCGCAGGUGCCUCGUCACAAAUGCGUAUUCUGCGAUAUGACCUUCAAAUCACGUCACCACAUGAAACGUCACAUCUUAAAUAUACAUCCUCCUUUGGAAUCCAAAGUGAGCUGUCCCGAAUGCCUGAAAGAGUUCAAAAACGACCAGUAUCUAAAGGAACACAUGCAAGUACACUCCUCGUUGGAUACUAAAGUGAAAUGCGAUUUGUGCAACAAGUUCUUCCAUUCGGCGAUCCGUUUGAAGAAACAUAAGAAAAUUGUGCAUCCUACUAAACCAAAGAUGCGGUGCGAGAAGUGCGAUAAGGAGUUCGCCCACGCUCAUUAUUUGCGGAGGCACAAUAACUCUGUCCACAUGGAAGUGGAUGAAGCCAAAUACGAGCAUGAGUGCAAUCAGUGCGGGAAGAAAUUCAAACUGAAACGAUAUCUAAAUAACCAUUUGCAGAGGCACGAGCAGCAGCACUUGAAGAGGAUAUCGCAGAUGGUUAAAACAGUCAUGGGGGACGAAGCGAAACCGAAGAAGAAGAGGGGGAGACCUAAGAAGACUAGGGAAGAGAUUGAGUUUAUAAAAUGUGAGCCAGCAUCCAGUUCUGAAUCGGAAUCUGGUGAUACGGAGAGUGAAUCGGAGUGAGUAUGAAUGAGUCAUUAAGAAUGGCUCUUUUGGUUAUAGAUAUCUGAUAUUCUUUUCCUCUUUUAUUGUCUUAGUGUUUAGCUUUUGAGAUGUUGAGGGUUUGGUUGAAUCUUAAAAGGCGACUUAGGUGACGACUCGUCCUUAAAAAUCUUGAUAACUUGCUGACUAGAUUGUUUUCGAGAUUGAUCUAACUUAUAUAUAAACAACUUCGUUGCCAUAGCGAUAUCCAGAGGGGCCCAUGAUGGUACCAUCUUUGUUAUAAAUUACGUAGUGAAGGAAAUUAAUACCCUCGCUUGUGCAGCCUAAUAAGGUUCACAGUAUAUCGAUACGGGAUAAUACUCCGCGAAGCCUGUGAAGACUCCAAAAAGUUUCUGUGCUUCUGGGCGGAGCUGGGUUGCCUGGAGUAAUCAUGUAACUGGUAACUGGAGCCCCCCUAAUCUAAGCCCAGAUAUGAACGAUGUUCCAGCGCAAAGAAUAAUUUUUUUCAGUAUGAUAUGAGGUAUGAUAUAGUA